GUGCUAUCCGACGCAAAGAUAUCCCAUUCCUCUUCUUUUCCUCUAUCUCGACGCGGCUACACCUCUUUCUUCUCCUUAUUUUCCGACGAAACGAGCAGACAGCAGCGGUGGGAUUUGAACGGCGCGAGGAGCCCACAGCGACAGGCGGUGGCUGAUGGCACGGAGGUUACCUGGCGAUGACGAUGGUGACGAUGGUGAGCUGGCGGCGCGAGAAAUACGACGACGGCGAGCGUACAGCGGCGGUUACGCUGGUGACAGAGGUGAAUGAUGGAGGAAUGGGGGAGAAACAGACUGGUUGGUUGAAUCAAAAUGGUCUAACCGACCGGGUGGGGGUUUGGAUAAUUGGCCUGCUGCUAGGCUUAAAAGAUGGGUUCUGUUUCUCUUUUUUUAGCUAGAAUUUUUUGUGGCAGAUUGGCUGGAAGCCCGAAGUUGUAAUAGAAAUGGAUUGUAACGGGAUGAUGAAUUUCAAGUGUUUAAACCAGGUUCG